AUGUAUGUGACUCUCAAGAACUCACAGGAAGUGGUGGCGACAGCGGAUCUCGUGGAUGGACUCUACUGGCUUCGGACGACUCAACGAUCAGCGAAUGUGACAACAAGUGGAACCAGUUGUGCCGAUCUACAUGCGAGAAUGGGUCAUGCUCCAGUCGAUGUACUUCGCAAGAUGAUCGCGACCAACAUGAUCAAGGAUGUGCGAGUCCCUCUCAAGUCGGGUGGAGCAACUACAUGUCGAGGAUGUCAACAAGGGAAAAUGGUCCAAAAACCAUUUCCAAGCAACCGAGACAAGCGCAGCUACGAUACGUUUGAGCUGCUUCAUCUGGACAUCUGCGGGCCCAUGGAAAAGGAUUCGCUCGGUGGAAGCAAAUAUUUGCUGCUGAUCAUCGACGAAGCCAGUGGAUGCAUGAAGGGAUUUUGUCUACGAGUGAAAUCCGAGAGUGAAGACUACAUCCGGAAAUAUAUCACCAUGGUACAGACGCAAUUCUGUAAGAAGGUCAAGUUCGUGCGACACGACGGAGCUCGCGAGUUUGCAACCAACUCGCUUCAACUGUUCUACGAAGACGAAGGCAUUGAACAGCAGACAACGGUGCCGCAUGCACAUCAAACAAACGGAACAGCAGAGCGUGCCAUUAGGACUAUUGUCACGAUCGGCCGCAGCAUGCUUCAUCAUGCCAAACUGGACAAGUGUUUCUGGGCCGAAGCAGCGAUGACGGCCAUCUACGUCAAGAAUCGACUGCCGUCACCUAAAGUCGUGCACAAGACCCCGUUUGAGAUCGUCUACAACUUGAAACCAAGCGUCAAGCACAUGCGAACAUUCGGAUGUCAGACGUACAUACUGACGCCUAAAGAGAAUCGACUCAAGUGGGAUCCAAAGGCUCGCGCUGGCAUAUCCGUGGGCUACGAAGAAGUUUCGAAGGCAUAUCGUGUUUAUGACAUCGAGGCGGGGCAGGUGGUUAUCAGCCGCGAUGUCAACUUCGACGAGUCCACCUUUGGACUUCAACUGCCGAUCACUGAUGAAGAUGUCGAUGACCUGGACUUCGAAUUGCUGGAUCUUGAUGACGAAGAGCUGCGUCAAAUGGAGUACAAGCAAACAGGCAAGCGCAAGAACCGACUCAAUGAUGAAGAUACAGCAGCUCCACGACCGCGUGCAGUGCGUCAACGACCAGGACUAGAAGAGUCAAGCGCGCCGGAAAACAACUCGUCACGCCAAGAAGAAGACGAAGAAACGAAGGAUUCUGGUGAUUCAACACCGCCUGUGUUUUGGCGUGCGAGUGCAAAUGCCGUUGAAGCAGCAGUGGACUUAUCAGAGCCCUCAACAUUUGAAGCAGCAGUAAGCGGCCCUGACCAAGUGCACUGGAGAAAAGCAAUUCAUGCAGAGCUCGAGUCAAUGCGACUUCGCGGUGUGUUUCGUGCAGCCAAGCUGCCCAACGGACAACGCGCCAUUGGCACAAAAUGGGUGUUCAAGAUCAAGCGCAAGGCGGAUGGGUCAAUCGAGAAGUACAAGGCACGACUUGUGGCCAAGGGUUUCCGCCAAAAGUAUGGCAUCGACUACACGGAGACGUUUUCGCCUGUGGUCAAGUAUGUGACGCUGAGAAUGGUGAUCGCAAUUUCCAAGCAUUUUGGAUGGCCCAUCGACCAGCUUGAUGUGGUGACAGCUUUCCUGUAUGGCGUCAUGAAGGAACAAGUGUUCUGCGUGAUUCCUGAAGGCGUCGAACUUGACAGUACGUUCGACUGCCUGGAAUUGGUGAAGUCAAUUUACGGCCUCAAGCAAGCUUCGCGAGUGUGGAAUGUUGACGGUCAUCGGUUUUCUACCAGUAUUGGUAACCGUGACCGAUCCAAUCCGUACCGCCUGUUCAGCUUAGUAUUUACGACGUAG